GGGAGUCAGGUAUGGCCGGGUUCCUAGGUCCUCUAGGGGGCCUCCGAGCCUCCCCGGGGUGGGGCAGACGAGGCGGGGUGAGGGCCUCCUUAUCUCUCGAGCCAGCCUGGGCCAUCCGGUUCAGGGCCCCCUCAGUUCCGCCUGCCAGUCAUGGGGUCUCUGCUGCCCCUCUUGCUUCUGGCUUUGCGGGCCGCCGCCUACCCGGGAGGCAGGAGCCCGCAAAGGCACUGGACGGUGCGGGCACCGGCCCCCACCGGCGAUCCGCCUCCGGCGCGCCCGGGGGCCCCUGCGCCGUUCUGGGUGCGCCUGAGCCCCGAAUACACCGCCGUGCCGCCCGGGGGUUCCGUUUGGCUCAACUGCAGCAGCAGCUGCCCCCUGCCGGAAGACUGGGGCCUCCGCAGCCUGCUGCGGCGCGGGGACACGCUGCAGGGGCCCGGCUGGGUGUCCUACCAGUUGCUGGACGUGCGGGCCUGGAGCUCCGUGGCGCACUGCUUCGUGACCUGCGCGGGACAGACGCGGGGGGCCACGGCCAGGAUAACCGCCUACAAACGGCCGCGCAGCGUGAUCCUGGAAGCUCCGGUCUUGGAGGGCGGCGAGUACACGCUGCGCUGCCACGUCACGCACGUGUUCCCCGUGGGCUUCCUGGCCGUGACGCUGCGGCGCGGCGGCCGCCUGCUCUACUCCGAGAGCCUGGAGCGCUUCACCGGGCUGGACCUGGCCAACGUAACGCUGACCUACGUGCUGCGCACCCGGCCCCUGGAUUUGGGGCUGCCCGUGACCUGCCACGCGCGCCUGAACCUCGAUGGCCUGGUGAUCCGCAGCAGCUCGGCGCCCGUGACGCUCACAGCCCUCGCCUGGCACCCCGCAUCCCAAGCUUUAGCGUCCCUCUCCAUCGCUGUCCUUGCGGGGAUCCUUCUGUUCGUGGGGGUCGCCUACCUACGAAAGUGUCUGCUGAUGCAGCCCCGGGCAUAGAGGAAGAGUUGGUCCAGGCCAGCUGAGCAGAAUGGAAAAAUGGCAACUUGGGGGUGCCCUUGGUCACCAGAUCAAUAAAGCCUUCCACAGCCAGCAUCGAACUCGGGGCUUCAAGGUCCCCCACAGAUAUCCCUCCCGCGAGGAAGGGGUCUCCCCUCUGACUCCCCGCUUUAACUUCCGGCAUCCCUGACGGCACCUGAGGGUUUCUUACUCUGGGUCACC